UCUUGUACACUCAUAAUAAUAAUUAUAAUAAAAAGAAAUUCCAUUCAAAUUGAGAAAAUGAAGAGCCCAAUAAUCUCAAUCUCUGUAUUUCUAGUGAUCACCACAUUAAGUAGUAGUGUAAGUGUUGAUACGAUGGCAAAAUCACAGCAAAACCUUAUCGAAUCCACGUGCAAGAACACCCCAAUCUACGAGCUCUGCAUCGCCACCCUCCGUGCGGAUCCAGGGAGCGACGCCGCCGACGUGGCAGGGCUGGCCCUGAUUAUGAUUGGGGCGGUGGAAGCAAAGUCGAAAGAAGCCCUCUCGGCCGUGAAAAAGCUCCUCAAGGGCGGCGGCGGCGGAGACAGGGAGGCGCUGAAGCAGUGCAAGGACAAGUAUAAAGCGGUGCUGGAGGGUGAUGUGCCGGUGGCGAAGAGGGCAGUGAGAGGAAACCCCAAAUUUGCGGAGGGUGGGAUGGCGGAUGCGAAGGUGGAGGCAGAUGAUUGCGAGGAUGCCUUCGGAGGGAAAUCACCGUUGACCAAAGUCAAUGGAGAUGUGCGUGAUCUUGCCGUCGUUGCUAGAGCUAUUAUCAGGAACUUGCUUUGAUCAUUCAAUAUUGAUUUAUGUCUGAUGACACAUGCAUGACAGAGUUACGUUUUUUAACGAAUAAUCAAUUAUAUAUUUAUAUGUUACGUUGCUAAUAUAUAGUAUUAAUAAACUUAUAGUUAAGGUGGUGAUCAUAUAUUCUAUUUAUUGGAAGUUAAAUACUAAAAUGUUACUAUGAUUAUGUUUCGAUCGAAUAC